CCUUGAGGCAUCGGGACGGGCCUGCCAGAGCGAGGGCUUUGCCACCGUUUCUACUGGACUGGUUUUCACGUGAUUGCGUCCUGCUGGGGUGAACGGCUGCCUUAAUUUAUGACUCCUCCAGGCGGCUUCCCUUCCCUUCCCUUCCCUUCCCUUCCCUUCCCAUUGUGGCUGCGCGCUCCGUAAAAUCUUUGACCCGCUUCCCAGCCUGCCCCGCGCCGGACGCACGAGCGGGCUUCGGCGGCGUUGCGAGUGGAGACCUUCCUCCCAGCAUUCCCACCGUGCCGCCGCCGCCACGCCCCUUCCCGUCCCUCUUCCCAGAGUGCCGCGCGGCCGCUGUGCCCUUGGCAACAGAGGGCCAAGAUGGCGUCGGCUACGAGUAUCAUUCGGAGGCUUCGCAACUGGAUGUCCGGGCCACUUUUGGGUGGGUUUUCCAAACGUCUGACAUUCUUAAUGUCCUUGUUCUUUAGGACUCAACCACCACCAUGCCUCCCUGUAGGCCCCAGUCAUAAGUUUGCGAACAAUUAUUACUGUACACGUGAUGGCCGCCGAGAGACUUUCCCUCCUGUCGUCCUUGUGUCACCGCAGAAAACAUUGGCCCCUGGAAUGCAAGCAGCCAGCUCGGAAUCUUCCAUAGCAACAGUGGAGAAGAAACCAGUGACGCCAGGUUUUCCUCCUCGAAAAUGGGAACUGUCGAAGGAUGAACCAUAUUUAUGAACUGGGUAUGGUUCCUCAAGGCUGCCGUGUGUAUGGAGCAUCCAGAUUGGUCCAGCAGUGAGGUAACCCCGUGCAGAAGGAUUUCUGGUAACAAAGACAGUGUAGUUGGUGCUGAGCCACUUAAAUAAAAUUGCUCCCUGACUUA